AUGAACCUUAAGCUCGGUGUAGACGUGGCAGGGGCCCACAAUCUUCUUCCAAAAGAUGGUCAAGGUUCAUCCAGUGCUUUCGUCGAGCUCUAUUUCGAUGGUCAAAAAUACAGAACAACAGUCAAAGAGAAGGACCUCGACCCGGUUUGGAAUGAAAGCUUCUACUUCAAUAUUUCCGACCCAUCAAUCCUCUCAAAUCUCACACUCGAUGCCUUCGUCUACAACAAUGUCAAAGAUACCCAUUCACGAUCCUUCUUAGGUAAAGUCUCCAUAACUGGAACUUCGUUUGUUCCAUAUUCAGACGCUGUCGUCUUACAUUACCCUUUAGAGAAACGUGGAAUCUUUUCUCGUGUAAGAGGAGAACUCGGGCUUAAAGUUUAUAUAACCGAUGACCCAUCAAUCAAAACUUCCGACCCGGUUGUUAACACUAAAUCAGUUCAUGAACCCGUGAAAAAUAGUGAGAAAAGACACACUUUUCAUCAUCUUCCUCAUGAGACUCAAACUCAAGCUCCGGCCAACACUGGUGUCCCACCGGCCCCACCACCUGCAAUGAGAUACGGGUAUGAACAAAUAAAACCCAACCCGCCACCUCAGCCUCCAAAACUCGUUCGUAUGUACUCAGAAUCUUCUUCUCAACCCGUGGAUUAUGCCCUAAAAGAAACCAGCCCCUAUCUGGGUGGCGGGCGGGUCGUUGGCGGGCGGGUUAUUCGAACCGAUAAAGCUUCGUCUACUUAUGAUCUUGUUGAAAAGAUGCAUUUCUUGUUUGUACGCGUCGUGAAAGCCCGUGAUCUUCCUUCCAUGGAUAUAACCGGAAGUCUCGACCCGUAUGUCGAGGUUAAAAUCGGAAACUAUAAAGGCGUCACACGUCACAUCGAAAAAAACCAAAACCCAAUGUGGAACGUUGUUUUCGCGUUUUCUAGAGAGAGAAUGCAAGCUUCGGUUCUUGAAGUUGUGGUCAAAGAUAAAGAUUUAGUCAAAGACGAUUUUGUCGGGUUCGUUAGGUUUGAUUUAAACGAAGUCCCGUUGCGGGUCCCACCCGAUAGCCCGUUGGCCCCACAAUGGUACCGGCUCGAGGACAAAAAGGGGGACCGGAUAAAAAGCGAGCUCAUGUUAGCGGUUUGGAUUGGGACCCAAGCCGAUGAAGCGUUUCCAGACGCGUGGCACUCGGAUGCGGCUACACCGGUUGACAGUUCUGGUGCAGCCUCGACCCUGAUCCGGUCAAAGGUCUACCAAGCACCACGGCUAUGGUAUGUCCGGGUCAAUGUGGUUGAAGCCCAAGACCUGGUUCCAACUGAUAAGUCCCGGUUCCCGGACACUUAUGUAAAGGCCCACAUUGGGAACCAGGUCAUGAAGACUAAAACGGUCCAGGCCCGUUCGCUUAACCCGUUAUGGAAUGAAGAUUUACUUUUUGUUGCAGCCGAGCCUUUUGAGGACCAUUUGAUUUUGACCGUGGAGGACCGGGUCGGGCCCGGAAAAGACGAGAUUCUCGGGCGGGUCAUCAUCCCGUUGGCCAUGGUUGAAAAACGGGCCGAUGACCGGAUUAUCCAUUCGCGAUGGUUUAACCUCGAAAAGCCUGUUGCGGUUGAUGUUGACCAGUUGAAAAAAGAUAAAUUUUCCAUGAGGAUUCAUCUUAGGAUUUGUUUGGAUGGAGGUUACCAUGUACUCGACGAGUCGACUCACUAUAGUAGUGACCUUCGACCCACCGCAAAGCAACUUUGGAAGCCCACAAUCGGGGUUUUGGAACUCGGGAUUUUGAAUGCGGUCGGGCUCCACCCGAUGAAAACCCGAGAUGGGCGUGGGACAUCCGAUACUUACUGUGUAGCAAAAUACGGGCAUAAAUGGGUCAGGACCCGAACCAUAGUCGACAAUUUAUGCCCGAAGUACAACGAACAAUACACAUGGGAAGUUUUCGAUACUGCAACCGUUUUAACUGUCGGUGUAUUCGACAACAGUCAGUUAGGUGACAAAGGGUCAAACAGUAAAGAUUUGAGAAUCGGGAAAGUCCGGAUCCGGAUCUCGACUCUUGAAGCGGGUCGGGUUUACACCCAUUCGUACCCGUUACUUGUUUUAAACCCGAAUGGGGUGAAAAAAAUGGGGGAAGUUCAUUUAGCGAUUCGGUUUUCUUGCACGAAUUUUGUUAACAUGUUGUAUACGUAUACGCGCCCGUUGUUGCCCAAAAUGCAUUAUGUACGGCCUUUCAGUGUGAUGCAACUUGACAUGUUGCGUCACCAGGCCGUACUGAUAGUGGCGGCUCGGCUCGGUCGAGCGGAGCCGCCACUCAGGAAGGAGGUGGUGGAGUACAUGUCAGAUGUAGACUCCCACCUCUGGAGUAUGCGGCGGAGCAAAGCAAAUUUUUUCCGGUUGAUGACGAUUUUCGUGCCGCUUUUUGCGGUUUCGAAGUGGUUCGGGGAUAUCUGUAUGUGGAGGAAUCCGAUUACUACUGUUCUUGUUCAUGUCCUGUUCAUCAUGUUGGUUUGCUUCCCGGAGCUGAUAUUGCCGACGGUGUUUCUGUACAUGUUUCUGAUUGGAAUCUGGAACUUCAGGUAUCGGCCUAGGUAUCCGCCACAUAUGAAUACAAAGAUUUCACAGGCAGAAGGGGUCCACCCUGAUGAGCUGGAUGAGGAGUUUGAUACUUUUCCGACUAGCCGGAAUCCUGAUUUGGUGAGGAUGAGGUAUGAUCGGUUAAGAAGUGUGGCCGGAAGGAUACAGACGGUGGUCGGGGACAUUGCGACACAAGGGGAGAGGAUGCAGUCGCUUUUGAGCUGGAGGGAUCCACGGGCUACUGCUAUUUUUGUGACUUUUUGUUUGGUGGCGGCGGUUGUGUUGUAUGUGACGCCGUUUCAGGCGAUUGCAGCUCUGAUUGGGGUGUAUAUGAUGAGGCAUCCUAGGUUUCGUCAUCGUUUGCCAUCUGUGCCUGUUAACUUCUUCCGAAGGUUGCCAGCUAGGACGGAUAGUAUGCUGUAA